GUAUCUCGUCUAUAAUCUGAACAAUGGACUUGAAGGGAAAAUGUCUGGACUGGCACUUCUAGAGGCAUUUGUUCUGAGGCCUUUGCAUUUACUGUGAGAACCCUCCCUUGUACUUUCCGUACUCCUAAAGAAAUGAUUGAGGACAGCAACUAUUCUAUUCCAAUCUCUCCAACUCAACCCCAGCCCCAACUUUCUUACUCCCUUAAGAUACAGAUUCCAUCUGGUAUUUUUAUCUCUAUCUUAAUGGUGACAGAAACGUUUGACCAUCCUAUUUGCUGAAUUCCCUAGGCUUUGUUGUAUCUGCAAAUUUCCUUUUUUAUGCAGUAGAAGUAUUGAUGCUGAACGUGAACUAAACAAGCGCUAUCCAUGUGGCCCUCCAGAUGACAAAUUCCAAAGCAGGGAAGGAAGCAUGAAUGCAGGGUACUGUUGCUGGCUUUAUUGCUGCUUGAUUGAAAUUCAGAACAAACUGCUAGAGAACUCAUCAUCCAUAUGGCCCUCCAGAUGACAAAUUUCCAAAGCAGUGAAGGAAGCAUGAAUGCAGGGUACUGUUGCUGACUUUAUUGCUGAUUCAGAACAAACUGCUAGAGAAGUUGUCAUCUCUUUGACACAAAUGACGUAAAGAGAAGAUAGAAAUGGAUGAUUCUUGCAAUAAAUUGGUCUGUGCCCGGAAUAAAAAUUUGUUUGAACUGGAGGAUAUCAUCACUGACAUUCUCUUAGGGCUUCCUAUUAAGUCCCUUAUGUUAUGCAAGUCUGUUGCUAAAAAUUGGAGGAGAUUAAUUAGCAGUCCAAAUUUCAAGCGUUUGCAGCUACUUCAGUCCCAAGAAAAUCCUAGUUAUGUUUUCUACCCUUAUGUUUGUUUGUGCUGCAGUGAACUUUUUCUGACUAAGGUUCAUGGAGAAACCACUGAAACUAUUCCAGGUUGCCGUAGACAUUGGUGUAAACACAUGAUAUGUUCCUUUAAUGGUCUGAUCUGUAGCAUUAGCUACAAAAGCUUCUUUGAGAAGAAGGUACACAUGGGCAUUGUUGUCUUCAAUCCCAUUACUCAGGAAGUCCUGUUACUUCCACAAAGUCGUUUAUCAGCAGAGGCACCUAAGAUUGGUGUUGCUUUUGGCAGUAGAAUGAAUGGCUAUAAAGUAUUUCGGUUUUUCAACCCAUCUGGAAAAUCUCAGGAUAAACAUCAUGAAUGUGAGAUAUAUUCAUCAAUCACUGGAUCCUGGAAAGGAAUAGGUAGUGUUGCAUACAAUCCCUCGAGUUCACAGCAUAUAUGUAUUGAUGGAACGGUGUAUUGGUUCAUCAAAUCUGUAAGAAAUGGGUUGAUUAUUGGCUCCAUCCUUGCAGUUGAUAUGGAGGAAAACUUUAGUGUAAUUGGCAUUCCAGUGGAAGCUACUCUAUACCCUUUCUUAGUUAGCAUAGAAGGUUGCUUAUCUCUAGUGGCUAAAAAUGUAUGUGACAACAUAUUUGAUAUAUGGAUUUUACAGGACAGCAAGAAGUUCAUAUGGGUCAAGAAAUGCACUGCUUAUAUGCACGCUUUUAACAUUAAGGAAGCCAACCAUGUUACUGCACUUAAAAAUGAAAUUCUAUUUGCAAGUGGGCGACGAUAUUUUUUCUAUAACAUGUGCAGCAAAACUUGGAGAGAAUUUGACUGGGGACGUGAUUUUCAAAAGAGGGUUUCCAGUCCAUUAGUGUACACAGAAAGCCUCCUUCCUUGCAAUGGAUUAAUUGGUUCUUAGAUCAAGGACAACUUUACCACUACUGGAACAACAAUCUCUUUCAGUCUCAUGAUCUUCAUUGUGUUGUUUACAUUUCCUUCUCCCAACUUGUGCUUAUGUAU